AUGAGAAAUAAAAAUUGCUAAUCUUUUGAACCAUUCAAGACUUAUUAAUCUAUUAAAUUGAGCACUUUAAUCUAGGACAUUCAUUAAGCUGGUAGAAAUUUAUAUACAUCAUCUGAACAUACAUCCAAUUUUGAUUCUACAUUACCUUGUUUGAAGAAAGGAGAGUAAAGAAAGUUUGUUAAUCGCAUCUAUUAGAGUUAUCAGAUGGAAAAAAAGGCUGUUCAGCAAGGGCUUUUGACCCCGUAGCAUCUUAAUAAAUAUUUAUAACCAAGAAAAAAACAUUUUGAUUUGAAAAAACAAAUAAACUUCUUAAAAAAAACUAAGUUCUAAACCUGUAUUCAAAAACUCAGAGCUGCUAAUAUAAUACUAAAUGGAUAAAAAAGUUAAUAGGGAAAAAAUGAGAUCAUCUAAGAGACUUUGGAGAGUAAGAAGGGCUAAUAGCACGAUAUUGAAUUCAUUCAGAAGAUGAAUGAGUGUUAAUUACAAUAAAGAAUGGGGAAACUGCUAAAAUUGAAAUCUUCUCCAUUUUUAUUCAGUAAUCAAAUUACAGAAGGUUGA